AAAAUGUCAAAACAAAAUUGAAAACAAGUUACCGAAGAUCCAAAUCAUCGUGUGUUAUAAAUAUUUAGAUUUUCUAACAUAGGAAAUAGGUAAAAUCGUGACCAAAUAACAUUGAACUUUUGUAGAGUGUGAGAGAAAUUAGUUUUGUUCGUUUAAGUCAUUAUUCGUCUAAAUUCAAUCAUCUAUUGAAACAUAACAAUAUUUUGCGAUAGUUUGAAAAGUUAUUUUAAAACUUUGUUCAUCUACUUUUCUUGGGAUAAUGGUUGGAUAUAAAAUGGAUGGUCCAGCGAGAGAUCGCGUGUUAAAGUUAAUGGAAGAGAAGGAUAGAAUCGAAAGUGAGAUUCGUGAACAAACAGCUAUUUUGGACACCAACAAUGUGGGAAUGAACGAUGCACUUGUAGACGGCGAAGGGUAUCCUAGAGGUGACAUCGAUGUGUACAAAGUACGUCAUGCACGACAUAGAAUUAUUUGUCUACAAAAUGAUCACAAAGCGUUAAUGAAGAGAAUUGAGCAGGGUUUGGCCGAAGUGCAUUCAGAUUUUGUCGGUCCUAAUGGUGAAGGACCAUCAGUUGUAGUUCCGUUGCCUAAUGCCCCGUACAGUAACGGCCACUCUUCCUAUGCUCCAUCUAAUGAGGGUGAUACUGUGAAUUUGAAUGAAUCUGGGUUUGCUUCCGUUGGGAAUAUACAACCUGGUUCUCCGGCAGACAUGGAUGGUCUGUGUGAAGGAGAUGAAAUCCUCCAGUUUGGAUCAAUUAACAGUGGGAAUUUCACCGAUGUCACUCAGAUACACCAGUUAAUUUCGCACUCCAUUAAUCAGAGUAUCAGAGUACAGUUGCGACGAGACCAUCGUAUUUUAACUAUAAAUUUGACUCCUAGACCUUGGGCUCAACCUGGAUUGCUUGGCUGUCAUAUCCGAAGACUUUAAAAUAUAAUAGAAAUCCUCUUAAUAACAUAACACUUUGUAAGGUUUACAAUUUUAUUGUAAGCACUAUAUGUUCGAGCUUCUUAAUUGUAAUGUUAGACAACUUGUUUUGUUGGCAAUCCUAUUAUUAACAGUGAACUUUGUUAUUUACAUAUUGCUUGCAUAUGCUUAAGAAAUGUCUUGUAUAAAUAAACAAAAACUAUGAUUGUAAUAAAUAAAC